AUGCCGACCACCAAAAGUGAUAUUAUGCUAUGGUUCCUUUCGUCCAUCGCCAUUAUUAACAGCUGUGUCAAUGGCUACGAUGGGUCAAUGAUGAACGGCAUGCAGUCCUUGAGCCAAUGGCAGGACUCAUUCAACCACCCGGUUGGCUCGGAGCUUGGUCUACUCAACGCCAUUUUCAACCUGGGUGGAACCUGCGCCUUUUUCUUUGGUAUUUGCCGCUGCAGACUCAUGUUAGAGUACCUUCUUGACCCAGACCACAGCCCCGCCGCUUCCCACAAUGUUGGCAUGUUCACGGGAGCCCGUUUCAUCAUCGGUUUUGGUCUCGGUAUCUCCAGUAACUCUGCCCCUAUUCUGGUGGCCGAGCUAGCGCAUCCGUCAUAUCGCGGGAAGAUUACUGGUCUUUACAACACACAAUGGGCGCUUGGUGCAAUCAUCGCUGCUGGUGUCACGUACGGCACUUUCUCAAUCAACAGCGAGGCCGCCUGGCGUAUCCCGUCUGCCCUGCAGGGACUUUUCUCCCUGAUUCUCUUGUGCUUCCUGCCGUUCAUGCCCGAGUCUCCGCGUUGGUUGGUUGACAAGGGGAAGGCAGAGAAGGCAAGGGAAAUUCUCGGUCGUUUGCAUGGAAAUGGAGACCCCAACCACCCCCUAGUCAACUUGGAGAUGCAGGAAAUCGAGGAAGCCAUCGCUUUCGAGAGGGAAAACCAAAGGGUCAGCUGGCUUGAGCUUGUCGCCACCCCCGGCAAUCGCUAUCGCAUGUUCCUCGGCAUUUGCGUCGGCCUUUUCUCACAGUGGUCCGGCAACGGCCUCGUCAGCUACUAUCUGGCAAAGAUUCUCACCAACAUCGGGAUCACCGAUCCCAAGCAGCAACUUCAGCUCAACCUUGGCAAGGAAUGCCUGUCCUGGGUCGUCGCGAACUCAGGUGCAUUGGUCACAGAUCGCGUCAACCGACGCACUCAGUUUAUCCUUUCGACUGGUGGUAUGAUGUUUACCUUUGCUGGUCUCACUGGCUUCACUGGUGCCUACAACACUGUUGCAGUCGGCAACCACGGUGUAGGUGUCGGUGCUGUCGUAUUCAUCUUCCUUUACGGUAUCUGCUAUUCCCUCGGCUGGACUCCUCUUACCGUGCUCUACCCGACCGAAAUCAUGCCAUACAACAUCCGCGCGAAAGGUCUCGCCGUCUCAUCCCUCGCCGUCAAUUUGGCCCUGUUCUUCAACUCCUACGUCAACCCAGUCGGCAUGGCUGCGAUUGGCUGGAAGUUCUAUCUCGUAUACUGCGCCUGGAUCCCCAUUGAGCUGCUCACGGUCAUCUUCUUCUUCAAGGAGACCAAGGGUCGCACGCUGGAGGAGCUGGCUGUCGUCUUCGAUGGUGAGAAGGCCGCUGUCGAGGGCAAUCGCCGGCACAUCGAUCCCAGUCAUGAUCUCGUUGUACCCGGCACCCCUCCUUCCGACCUCGACAAGGAGGAGAAGGCACAUUUCGAGAACGUUUGA